ACUAACCUCACUUCUCUUCAGAACAGCUCUGAAAACGAGCACUGUUUUCUUCAACAUUUGCAAGGUUGAAGUCGCCAAAGCAAUCAAAUGCUACGCUGCGUAUAUCUGAAGUCUACGCAGCUAACAGUUUGCUGACUGGGCUACAGUGCUGACUUGAAGAUCAAGUCAACCGUCGCCUUCGUAGCUAACCAGCUACCUAGCGAAUUAAAGAUGAACUAGCUGUUCAGCCAAAGCCCAAAUUGGGUAUUGUUAAUUAGCUUGCUUGCUAGCUAGAAAGCUAGCCAGCCUGUUGUUUUGAUGUUACAUUUCCUUUCGUUGGUAUGUAUGUUUACAUUUAGCCUAGCUAGUAGAUAGCAAGCUGCUUAACACAUUUUUACUCUGAUUUUUGUCAUAUUGCUUGCCAACCCAACACCAGCAGCUAGCCUUCUGGCUAGCUAGCUGCUAGUUAGAGAAGAAUGAGCAGAAAACAUCAUCAUUUUAAAGGAGCCGAAGUUAGCUGCUGCGUGAAGUAUUUUUUGUUUGGAUUCAACAUUAUAUUUUGGUUGCUGGGAGCGGCUUUCCUUGGAAUUGGAUUGUGGGCAUGGGCUGAGAAGGGCGUCCUGUCCAACAUCUCGUCCAUCACGGACCUGGGCGGGUUCGACCCGGUGUGGCUGUUCAUCGUGGUGGGUGGGGUGAUGUUCAUCCUGGGGUUCGCCGGCUGUAUCGGAGCGCUCAGGGAGAACACCGCCUUGCUCAAAUUUUUUUCUGUUUUUUUAGGGCUCAUUUUUUUCCUGGAGCUGACAGCUGGCAUCCUGGCAUUUGCCUUCAAAGACUGGAUCAAAGACCAGCUCAACUUUUUCAUCAAUAACAAUGUCAAGGCCUAUCGCGAUGACAUCGAUCUGCAGAACCUCAUCGAUUUCGCCCAGGAUUACUGGUCAUGUUGCGGUGCCCAUGGGCCUAAUGACUGGAACCUGAACAUCUACUUCAAUUGCACUGAAGUGAACCCGAGCAGGGAGCGCUGUGGAGUCCCGUUCUCCUGCUGUGUUAAGGAUCCGGCGGAAGACGUGCUGAACACGCAGUGCGGCUACGAUGUGCGCCUUCAAGUGGAGCUGGACCAGCAGAAGUACAUCUACACAAAGGGCUGCGUGGGACAGUUUGAGAAGUGGCUUCAGGACAAUUUGAUCGUUGUUGCUGGAAUAUUUGUGGGCAUUGCACUAUUGCAGAUAUUUGGGAUCUGUCUGGCUCAGAAUCUGGUCAGCGACAUCAAGGCGGUCAAGGCCAACUGGUGACUUCAUGUGGGGUGGGGGCAUGAUGCCAGACUUCCCCCCUCCACCCUCCCCAAAAGCCCUGAGUUUCUGCUGCCACAACCGCGUACCCUCCAAUCACCCUCUCCCCUCACGCCACUCCACCCCGCCCAGCCCAUUGGCGACGGAACCCCUAGCUGUUUUUGGGGAGGGUGGGAGGGGUGUGAGGUAACGUACCCCAGGGUGUGAGCAGCAGGAGUUUGGGGGUGAGGAGGCAGGGCUGUUAGUGGAGCAGGCAGUUCCUCUGUCGCAGACUUGCGCAUUGCUGACGAUUGGCAAUCGGACUCCCCUCGGUCCCCAUGGAAAUCAUUCCUUCCUGUUGAUGGCCAGGUGAUCUUUCUGCCACCUGUUAUUGGCUAAAAUCCGGACCACAGGACGAUUUCAUUCUUCACCCGCGGGACUGCCAUUAAAACCAGGAAAUCCCCAAAACGAAAACCGAGGACCCUACCCCCUACCUGCACAGGUCCCGUGACCGCGAAUAGGACUAUGUUUUUAAAAAUAUAUAUGUAUUUUAUUCUGUUUGUUUUUAUUCUUGUCUUUUUGUUACCACUAAUGUUUGGAAAGGGGAAAGUUAUUUGGAAAAGAGUGGUCAGGCUGCUCCAAUCACUAAGAACCCUGGCGGGUUUUUAUUUUAUUUGAAUUGGUCCGUUUUGUCGUGUAGUGAUUAAGCCAAUCGAAGGACACUUUGGUGAUGAAUCGAUGUUCACCUCGCCUGCUCUUAAAUGUGCACCCUUUUUACGAGCUUGGGACCUUGAGACGUUGCCAGGAGACUGCAGCAGAGCUGAGAGGUGCACCCUGGGAUAUUGGGAGAGGGGGGUUCUGUCUUGCGGGGUUGGUGUUCUUUAGGUCUGGAUUUGGGAAAGUUGAAACGGACAAAGCCGUCUGAAGCUAGGAGCCAAGCACCAAUUUUAACCAAUAACCAUGCUUUUCCGUGAAGAGCAGUCCUUUCAUUGGUUGACACAAGUCGGUCAUCAGCUCACUUGUAAAUAGGCUCCUCCCCUUUAGAGGUUUAUGAAGCUUAGUUCUCCCGCGAGUACAUGGGAUACCAUGUAUCCCAGGAGCAUGAACAUCUCUCUCUCUCUCUGUCUCUCCUCUCUCUCUCUCUCUCUCUCUCUCCCCCUCCCCCCCCCUCUCUCUUCCUCUGUCUCUAUGUCUCUCUCUCGUGUUCAGGGGCGUGUGUGCGUGUCCUUAUGCAUGCUGUAUGACCAACGCGCAUGGCCGUAGCUGUAAUCAUAUCUUCACCUGCCCGCCUGGCCUCUUGUGAAAGCUUCUCUGUAUAUACGCACAUACCUUCUCCUACUCCUGGUGGCUCCAGACCUAGCUUAUGCCUGCUCUCAUCUCCAACGAGCCAGCAGUGCAGAACUCCAUGCCCGAAGGCCGGGGUGUCCAUUUACUGGUUUUUGUGCCAACCGCUUAAUUUUCAGAGUGGCUGUGUACAUACUCCAAUGCUGGUUCGCUCCUAUCGUACUACAGUAAACAUUGUCACUAUGGCUACCAGCGCAGCCUGCAGCUGCGUGUAGUUAAUCAGAAAGAUGUCCGGUGAAUAAAACCAUGGGGCUAAUUAAGCAAUUAAGAGCAGGAGCUGCCAGGAAAUCCCCAAGCGGAUCGGCCUCACGGUGUUAGCCCCGUGAUACUCGCCCGUUGUUAGGUGGUAGAGUUGGCCACGGAGAAGAGAUUUAAAAAUUCUGUCCCUGUGGGCCUUUAGGUGUGGUUUUUAGCCUGUUUUAGCACUUAAGUGCUUAAUUUCCUCGAGUGGCUAGUGACUCACCUUGGCACACAAGGCCCAAAAUGGCUGCUUUCUUCAGAGAAAAGCGCGAAAACCAGCAGUCACUGUGGACCGGAAUUCGGCACCUCUGACACAGAGCUUAUUAGAAGUGGUGUUGCAGUGACCUGGUGAGUUGUGUUGCAUGUUAGGCUAUCUUAGACUGUACCAGACCCAGUGAGCUGAGGGAUGUGGCCUCUAAGGCUAAACUCUGAGGUAAGACUGGCCUCUCAGGCAGUGAACUGUGUGACCAUGGCGACCGUGUGACAGUGCAGUGAUGGUCUUCGGGCUUGUUGCUUCGCGAUCCCUCUAUACCGUUUCUCUCCUCUUAGCCUCUUAAAGCCUUGUGAGAGUUGUACAGAAUGUAUGUUAUCCAAGGAGAGAACGAUACAUUUGUAUACAAAAAAAAUACAAAAAAACACAUUCCAAUGUUUCCUGUUGACAGAUUUUGUGACACCCUGAACCGCAAUGUCGCAAAAGCGUCAAGAGCUGAAGUUGAUUUCUCCUUUGGUAUUCUCAUACUGUGGUCUCUGGGUUUAUGAAAAGCGUUGUGUUAAUGGAGUUUAUUUUUGAACUUUGAAAUGCAUGGACGUUGAGGGCAGGGCACAUUGCCGUUAGAUUGUAUCCGGUGUGCCUCCGUAAGGGCGUUGAUUCUCCUGAAUUGUCUCCGUCUCUUCCCCUGCGGGGAGGUGGAGGUGUGGAAACACUCCAGAGAAAACAUUCUCUUGCGUGUUGAAUGUAGAAUUCUGUCUGUCUGCACCCCUAAUGCAGCUAAUGCAACACAACCAGUAACUUCAAACUUUUUGCCUUUUGAAAAGUUUCGGUAGCGGUUUUUAUUAUUUCCGUAUACGCUGGAAUCAGUGAAGUAUGCCAGCUUUCAAAUCCACAUUCCUCCACUUUAGCAUUGAGUCUCUGAAGUGCUCAACUGGUUUAUGCUAGUAAAGUCUCCACUGAUUGAUAAUGGCGUUUUCUUAAAGUAGGCAUCCCAAAGACAGUUACGCAGGUAGCAGCACAGACUCAAUUGAUUCACCAGAUACCUGGCUCUUGCACUGCAAAAUCUGUCUUAAGUUUUCUGUUCUUGUAAUGAGGCUUCUAGUCUUAUUUCUGUCUUAUUCUCCGGUAGAAAUAUUAGCUCGUUUGAAGUAUUUUUGUAUUUUUGAGCAAAAAAAGUAAUGUAAAUAAUUUUAAGUAAAAAAAUAAGACAAAAAAGCAUUUUAAGAUUGACUUCUUUUGUGGUUUUUGCAGCGCAUGUUCCUUCUGUCCUCUCUUCUCGUAACCGCAGGGGGAUUGUUGGUAAUGGGAGUUUCUGGGGUAUUGAGUACAGUACAGAGCAUCCAUUGUGACUGUAUUGUUCUUAGCCAGGCCCCUGAAAAGAUGCACUAGAUCGGAAUGUCUCCGCUUCCGUGCUAGAGACAGAACUUUCAGUGUUAAGAAGUGUCUGCUGGAUCAAUAGAAUCUGGGUUUGCUAGUUUGAAUCCUGCUUUGUGCCCUGAUUUAUGCACUUGAACAGAGGGGAGUCUACCCUGAAUGGAUUCAGCCAGUAUCCAGCUGUUUAAAAACCUAUAAAAACCCUGCCUGAGCUUACCAAGCCUUCUUCCAUGUAGGGAGGACUGCAGAGCUAAUGAUUUAGGUAACCUGUAGCAUGCUAACAGUCCCACUCGCACUUCAGUGCAUUAAAAGACAUGCGUACGUAAAUGUAUAGAAAUUACGUAUUUAUUUUUUCUUAUUCAGUAGAGUUAGUUCCUGUAAACUAAGAGUCAGAGAACAGCUUGUGUUGUUCUCUAGUACCAGCCCUGAGUCCUCACUCAAAACAAGGAUAAACACAUUUAAAAAAAAAAAAAAACUACCUCAUUCUUGGGAGUGUCAUAAAACGGCUCUGAAUAGACAUUUAUCGUCUAUUUCCUCUAACCCCCCAUUUCGUUCCCCCGAUCCCACCCGGCUACAUUGUUGUGGUUGGGUUGGGCUUAGCCCAACAGUGGCUUGGCGUGAAUGCAUCGCUGUAAGAUUAUAGCACUCCUCGAGCCUGGUUUCUCCAAACGGAACAAAAGCUUCUGCUCCAGGCUAGCUCUCCUUCACCGUGGUCCUCUGAGCUGUGAAGUCAGAAGCCAACCAUAUGAAACCCCUGUAGAAAGUGAAUGUGCGUUUGGUAGUGAUUUAAGCGUCUGACCGGUCGCGAUCGGCCCCCCACCCUGCGUCUCUGGCUCCCCCGUGACGAUAGCAGAGGGGGUUCUCUAAUUACAGCCAUUGCAGGGAAACGGAUUGAUCCGCCAGAGGCCAAAGACGGAGCCUCUUGUUUCCUAUGUGGAGCUGUGAUACACCCUCCGUUCCGUCAAACAUUGAGCCGUAAUGGCUGCCUUGGGCCGGUGGAUAUUAAUGACAAACCUACCGUUCGGUUAAUUGCGUUCCACAGUAAAAGGGAGAAAAAAAACUCCUUUUUCCUUUGCUGAAAGACCCCACUGGCCCCUGCUGUAAUUUAGUUUGAAGCCACUUGUUUUAUGUAUGAUGUGGAAUUAAUUCCGUCUUUGAUUUCCAUGUCUAACCUGUGGGCCGGUUUGUCAGCGGUUUUGCCCUUUGACCUCUCUUCGACCUCCAUGCCGGAGCGCCCUCUGACAGUACCACAGCUGUGGCUUGGCUUUUGGUAUGUGUGGAGCUCGACGGACAGUAACUCCACCCCGCGAGGAGAACCGCCUUCAUAUGGACACGGUGUUACUCUCCACCAUAAUCGCCUGCAUGGAAACGCUCUGACAUUUAGCCGACUAAUUUUACUAAUGUAUGUGCAGAGUUAUAUAAUGUAUUUUUAAAGAUUUUUUUUUUAUUGAGUGUCUGUAAUUAUUAUUUUUUCCUCUCCUGCCCCCUCCCCUGAGCACUCGAUCUGGGGGGAAAGGAUAGGGGUCAGGGGAGGGGGUGGGGGUUGGGUUGGGUCAGAAUCAGAACAGGAAGUAAACCGGUUUUUGGAAAUAAACCACUUGCCAGGUCGCUGGUACCAUUUCAAUAGAAAGUGGAGUUUGUGAAGCUUGUGUCCUGAGUAACUGCUUUGUGUGGAUUACAGAGAGGAAUAUGACUUUGAUUGUUGGUCAGGGUCUGUUACACUGUAUAUUGUCUUAUAAAUAUUCUUCUUUUUCAUAUUGAUUAAAAUGAUUUAUGACAAA